AUGGCGGACCAACCUGGUGGCACAAAAAUGGUGAAUUCCGCCAAAGCCGCCACCGAUUCAUCAUCGGACGAAGGUGGUAUUGUUCACAAGAUUGUUCUUGGGGUCAAAUCCAGAGACAACAAGGAAAUGAAGAAGUAUCGUGGGGUCCGAAUGAGGAAAUCGGGCAAGUGGUGCUCUGAAAUCCGUGACCCGUUUAAGAAAAAGCGGCUCUGGUUGGGUACCUAUGACACCGCUGAGGAAGCUUUUGAAGCUUACACCAAAAAGAAAGAGAAGUUUAGACAAAAGGCCGAAAACCAGAAGGUGACACCAGUUUCCAAGGGAGUUCGCGAAGGAAAAAAGGUGGCGAAGCUUGAUGACAACCCGACCCGGAAACAGUGCAUGGGUGUUCGAAAGACUGAAUCGGGUAGAUGGAGAGCGAAAAUUCGUGACCCAGUUAAGAAAUCACAUGUUUGGGUUGGUACAUUUGAUACCGAAGAAGAGGCUUCAGAAGCAAUUGAAGUAAAGAAGGUGGAAUUCGGGUCCUCCCGAUCCAUUGCCGAAAGUGGGUCAUCUUUGAAGACCCCAAAGACUGAGACUUAA